AUGAAGCGACAUAGAUUAAAUUUAUCUAUGACGACGAUAGACGAUUUUGAAUCCGUGGCUGCCUUGACUAUUCGUAAUUGGCAAGAGGAGACCUUGGAUGCCGAGGAAAUUUUCUCGGAUCAUCCUUACCUACGACGCUUUACCAUUGAUAAUGGCAAUCUUAGUAAGAUAGUCACGCCGUUUCCUUCAAAAGCUCGCUUCCUUGAGACAGUCGAGAUCACAGGCACAGAUCUACGAACGAUGCCAAGUCGAACAUUCAGCAGUUUACCCGCUUUGCGAGCACUAAACUUAAAAAAUAAUGCACUCGUUCACAUUGACCCUACGGACUUAAUUGGUAUUCCAACAUUGAGUAAUAUCUACUUAGCAGGAAAUCAUUGGAGAUGCGAUGAUACAUCGGCUUGGCUCGUGAACCCGACGUUCGAUGCUUUAGUAAGUCGUGUGGCAGACAGGGAGGAGUUACGAUGCUCAACGCCUUAUAAAGGACGACCCCUUCUCCCUGUUAUGGAAGUUAUACAGCGGCUGCGUCGGGAGUGCCGGCAACUGAGCGUCUGCGACUGCGAGCUCGUCUACGUCGUUAACAGAGCGGCUCCAGGACUACAGACUCGUCAUCGGCAGUUUAUGGCUUUCGCAUCCGUCAACUGCAGCCAUCGCGGUCUUACCAAUAUGCCGAGCUCCCUGCCCACGGACACCACCACACUGCAUCUCGAGGGCAACGAGAUCAGUGACUUGGCCCCUCUCAAGUUCAAUUCUCAGUACAAGCGUGUUCUUGAUCUCUACCUGGACAACAAUAACGUCGAGAGCGUAAAUUUGCUGGACGGCACAUAUUGGCUCGAGCAGUUUCGGCUUCUUAGUCUGCGCGGUAAUAAAUUAACCGACUUUCCAACGUACGCUUUGGAGAAUGUUUUGCCGCACAGUGAAAAUGCGGUAAGUCUGUAUUUGGGUAACAAUCCAUGGAGAUGCGACUGCCAGUUUACGCCGGGAUUUCAGGAAUUGUUAAUAAAAUAUGGAAAUUUGGUCAAGGAUAUAAGCGAUGUCAGGUGCUCGCCAACGGGAAACAACGAAUUUGCUGACAAACAGAUUCGCGAAUUAUCGAGAACGGAAAUUUGCGUACCCCCGGACGACAACUACUGGAUUUAUCCACUGGAUAUUCUCAAUAUUUUCCUUGGCUCGUUGAUUUUUCUCAUCCUUGGGAAACUCCUUUACGACUAUUGGUCUUUCAAGCGUACCGGUAAGCUACCUUGGCUCGUAGCCAGACUGCCUUGAGUGCGUCAGAGUUGUUGGCGUCUCCUGCCCUGGACAAAACUCACUUAACACCUUU